CGCUUCAGGCGGCCGCGGUGCCUAAAAGACGACUCUGGGCGGGUUCCAUCACAGACACCGAAGAGGAGUCAGAGACCUCACAACUGUCGACGAGCAGCCCGACAUCUCAUCACGCCGUCGCCAUGCCAAGUCUGCUCACAUCACAGACACGGGAGCUCCAGCACCUCGACGUCAACGCCGAGCCAAAGAAGAGGAGCAAAGACAGGGGGGGGAACCUGAAGUCUCGACUGCAGCGCAGAUCGUCUCAAGCCGCAAACGCUAAGGGGCUUUGUGUCGAAGAGAUGUGCCAGUGGUCGGACUCCCUAGAAAGGCUUUUAUCGUCUGAAUAUGGAACAAAGAUAUUCCAGGCCUUCCUGAAGUCGGAGUUCAGCGACGAGAACAUUGAGUUUUGGCUGGUGUGUGAGGACUAUAAGAAGAUCAGGUCGUCCUUCAGGAUGUCCUCCAGGGCAAAGAAGAUCUUCAAGCUCUACAUUCAAGCUGAGGCCCAGAGAGAGAUCAACAUCGAUCACAAGACCAGAGAAGUGAUCCGGGGGAACAUUCACGCGCCCACCACUGUCUGCUUCGACGAAGCCCAGAAGAUUGUCUACCAGCUGAUGGAGAGGGACUCCUACCCCCGUUUCCUCAGGUCUGACAUUUAUCAGGCGCUAAUGAACUCCACAUCAGAAUCAGUGCUGUGAGGAUGUAAAGCAAACACCUGCUAGAGACACUUUGCUUGUUGAAGCUGGACUGUGAAGCUGAGCCGCGUACUGGACGGCCUGAGGGUGUACGUUAGCUUGUUCUGGGACCCCCGCUGGCAAUUCUAACCCAAAGUAGCCGAAGCAUGAUGAAGCCAUGUUUUGGUGUCCUCGGUGGCCGCCUGCUGACUUACAUAGAGAUGCAGCCACUGCUCAGAACUGACUGGGGUGACGGGAAAUCAUGUGCUCGUGUCAAAAAUGAAAUGUAUUGCAAAAAAAAAAAAAAGAAGAACGAAAAAAAAAAACAGCAGCAGCUGUGAAAAGUGAUGUAAAAGUGAGGCGUUUCUCGCCGAGGUUAUAUGAAUGAUGAGUGAAAACGCUGGGGACUUUUUGUGAGACGCACCAGGAAGUGCAUGUGGUGCAAGCAACAGCAACCACGAGAUGAAAGUGCAUCAACGGCACUGACGUUGGGUUUCAGUGAGCCAUCGACAGGGAAUGGCUACUUUUUCAAUGGAGUGUAUAUACUUUUCAUUUUUGACACUCCUUCUGUUGAAGUACUACUGAAAUUAAAAUAUACUAUGAUAAUACAUUAUAAGCUACUGUAUAGGUUUACGCUCAAUGUAAACAGCAGAAUUGCUUUCAGACCAUUUCAAAAUAUUACAUCUGCUCUGAAAUCUGAAAUCAAAUAAAUUAUUUUUCAAUUA